AUGACAAAGUCGAAUAUGAAAAGUUUCUCAAAAGAUGAAUAUGAUAAAAGUGAAGAUUCAGAUAAGGAAAUAAUGGUUAUAAAUAGAAUGCUAAAGUCAAAAAUAUUUUUACAGUCUAAUAAUAAUAAUAAUAACAAUUAUAUUAAUAAGAAAAUAAUUAAAAGGAGUACAAAUAUUUAUAAUACAAAAGAAAAUUUUGAUAAAAAUAAGCAGAAUGCAAAUAAAUUAAAAAAAUCAUUAAAUUUUCAAUCUAAAAAAAUAGAAAAUGAAUUUCACGAAAAUCUUUCUUUAAAAGAUAAACAGAAUUGCAUUAAAAAAUUAGAAAAAAUAAAUAUUAAAAAAAAAAAAGAGACAGAAAAUAAAGAUUUAAAUAAAAAUGAAAAUAAAUUCAAAGGAAAUGAAAAAAGUGAAAAUGAUAAAUGUGAUAAGUUAAACUCUUUUAAAGAAAUGGAAAGUAUAAGUAAAAUUAACGAUAACUGUAUAAAUCAUAAUAAUGCAAAAAAUUGUAUAACUAAUAAAUCCUUCGAAAAAACGAAUGAUAAAAUAAUUGAUCAACAAAAUAAUUGUAAUAAUAAUGAAAAAGGAGUAAAUAAAAAUUUAUAUAAAAUCGAUGAGAAUAAUAAUUUCAAUAAUUCUUAUUCAUAUGAUAAAAUAGUAGAGGGAUUAGGAUAUGAUUAUAAGAAAAAAAAAGAAGAAAAUAAUAUAGAAAGCACUUCAUAUAUAAAUAUAAAACAAAAUAAUGAUUACUGCAUAGAAGAGAAUAUAGAAGAAAAAGACUACUACUUGAAUAAAAAUUAUAUUUAUGAAUCAAGUAAAUGUAUAUAUUUACAAAAAAAAAAUAAUAAUAUUAUAAUAAAUGAAGAUAAUUCGUCAGUGAUAAAAUAUGAUGAAUUUGAAUUGGAAGAAAUAAAUAAUGAAUUAGAAAGGAUUAUUGAAGAAGAAAAUUAUAUACAAGAACAAAUUCUUCAUUUAACUGAUAAAGAGCUCGAAUUAGCUAUAAAAAUAAAAAAAAGCCAACAUAGUAAAAAAUUAUUAGAAAAAGAGAAUACAAAAAAAGAAUGUGAAGAAUAUAUAGAAUAA